CCCACCGGGACCCCCGGCUCCUCGUCAGGGUGGAAAACCUCGGCUUUCCACGCCGGCCGCCCCGCGCGGCCUGCUCGGGAGGUUUGACAUGAGCAGCUGAGAAGCUGGGCUCCACCCGGAAGCGGAAGUGACCCCGGAGGGAGCAACACCUGACAGGGACCGGGCGGCCCUCAGACCCCGCGGUGGGCGGGCGGGGAAGGGGUCCCCCCUCUCUUUCCCAGCACUCGCCCCGAACCCCCUCCUCACCGCCCGCCCGGCGCCGGCAGCGGUCACAGGACAGCCAUGGCCUCCCGUCGCCCCCCAUGGCGCCUUCAGACUCCAGUGGGGACCCCCUGGCUUGAAUUUUUAGGUGGAAACGGGGGUCACAGCCACCUGUUCACGUGGACGGGACGCUGGGCUGAGGCUGGACCGCCGGUGGCCGCUCUGCGGGACCCCACACAGUCUUGUAACACGGAUGGGGUUGGUGGUCUUAGACACCUGACGCGGACGGACAUUUUCUCGGAAAUUGGAGCUUCCCUGUUGGAAAACCAUCGACUCCACGAAGGGACCGUGGGGGUCGCCCCGGAUGUGUGUGUUCCCCGAGACAGACCCGAGUUCCUGCUAAGGUUCAGAGGGCACUGCCCCCGAGUCCCGCAGAGCCUGAAUUACCAGAUAGUUGACGCCUGCAAAGCCCAUCUUUCAAAGACAGAGCGAGCUCACUUGGGACGUCCUCCGGGAGCCUUUGCUGACCGCCAGCCUCCCAGCCUUCACGUCUCUUCCCUGUGGUGAUGGGGCAAAUUUGACCCAGGACACAGCAGGACACUGGAUGGAGCACGUAUUUUUAGCAACAGCGCCUAUGACCAUCGUAAGCCAGAAAUAGACAUUCUCCCACUUCUUCGGGCUGCUCAAGUGGUAAUUGAUAGCCGGAGGAAGGAUGAGGACCCACGGGGCCUACCUGCGUUCAUACCUGCCAGGCUGUCUCCAUGCUGCAGGCCGAAUGAACAAAAGGGUAUUGAUCUCCACAAAUGCAAGAUUUCCUAACAAUUGCAGACAUUCAGGCCCCUCUGGCAACUUGACAAAUGACCGGGGAAGAAGACACAGGGGCCUGUAAUCCUGAAUUGACCUGAAAACAAUGCCAGUGGUGUCCGAUGUUAAGACACGCUCCCUUUCCCUUCUCUUUCUUGGGCUUUGCCUGGUAAUUGCUCCAGAAAUAUCCUAAGAGAGGCAGUGCUGAAAGUGACCUAGAUCCCCAGAACCACUGGAUUCCAGGGCUGGAGGGGCGGGCGGCCUCAGAUCGGAAGGAGGGUCUCCUUUGGUUCCUCCGACUGACCGUUGAGUCCAACUGAAGUUUAUCAGAAUUCAGAUGUGUUUCGAUGUCAUCUUAGAGUUGGGUAAUGAUUGUUCAUUUCAACUGCGAUUUCACUGAUUGAUCACUAAGUCCCCACAGGAUUGCGUUUUCUAUCCUUGUUGAUCACGCAGUGCUCUUCUGGAAGGAAAAUCCUUAGCUAGGAAAUGACGGUGGUUUCCAGCUAUUUCUCAGGCUAUCCAAGUGGGAUUUAGUAGAACUCCAUCUGUCCAUCCAUCCUUCCACCCAUCCAUCCCAAUAGCCAUAUAUCCUAUGAACCAUCCAUUCACCAAACCUAUUUUGAACACCUGCACUGAUCACCCUCCAUCAGACUGUCAAUGAGGUCCCAUCGCUGAUGGAGGGGACCAUGAUUGCCCCUGGCGAGCUGUAGUGAUGCAGCUCUCAAACAUUCCUCCAGGAGAACUGGAACACACCAAUGGAAACAAAUGCAUUGGCCAGGAGGGGGGAAGAGUAAUUUAAAAAAGGAAGACGGAAUGGGGGGCUGUAGACAGGAGCAAUCAAGGCAUUGGAGACAGACAAUGAAGGCUAAAUGAAUGAAUCAUCAAUUAAAGGCAAAGUGUGAAGGCUACAGCCAGAUGACAGAAUAAAGCCGAGGACCAGGCCCAGAUCUGAAUGAUCAGAGUAGCAGUGUCCCUGCGGAGGUCGAAUUCUCAAUUUUGUCAGGCCUGCUACUCCAAGGUCAGGGCCUUGAGUGGGGCAGAGUGACAUCCUGAGAUAUGCACUGGGGACAUCUGGGUGGAUAAAGUAUUGAAUCUCUAGAUCGCUUUGACCCUCGGGGCCCACAGAAGUAACCCACCCCUCUCUGUGAAAGCCCAGCACUCCCUUUUACUUCACGAUGGUACCAGCAGGCCUAUCAACAGGGUUGGGCCCUAACAUAGCCUGGCUGGGGAAGUAUGCGGCAGUUGAGGGAGGAAAGUCUGGUCCCUAAAGGAGCCACACGAGUACUUAUUGGCAGGAGCUGGGAGACGGUGCGGAUAUGCUGCUAGAACGGUUCUUGGAAGCUUGGGAAAAGCGAUGGGUCAUGUUAACGGAAGUGGAAGUGGAAAUGCUGUGGCAGACAGUGGAAGAAGGGACCAGGAGGCUCAGGGAAGUGGGCGCGCUAGAGUGGAAACACUGUCUAAAGCUGGAAACUCACCAAGGACUGUCUUUGGUGGGCAGAUCUGAGAGCACUGCUACCAGAGCACUAAGGUAGGAAGAGAAGGCGCGCCAGCAUCGCUGAGACGCUCAGCGGUGACUCCUCCACAGGCCAGAGCUGCUACCACGGAACUGAGUUCUCUUACAGAAGUGGAGACGGUAGACUCCCAAAACCACAGAGGCCAGGAGACAGCACUUAUUUGUCAAAGCAAGACGGAGCCUGGUUAUUGUUGUAAUGAGAGACAAGGUUGGAGUGGUAGCCACGGGACCAGACACUUCAGAUGGCUUACAGAACACGCGGCAAGAUCCCUAGGGGCGAGACAGACGGGUGCCACGGAUGUUGAUCAAUAUACACAACCAAAGCAAUCCAGGGUGGGUGACCCGGAGGCCGGGGCCCCCUGUCACAGUUGAAAAAGUCAGAAUCUUUUGCUUGCUUCCCAGAUAGGAGCCAGUGUUCAGACCCAAAACUGAUGGAGGAGGCCAGGUUGCCGUGGUCUCUGCCAUCGAAGGACCCCGCAGCACCCCGGGUCCUUCCCCACUCCUCCCCCAAAGCGACCUAUUGCCAUUUACGUGAGUCACUAACUGUUUACUGGGGGGAGGACAUGUUCUAACAUUUCAAUGCAAGCUCAGUACACAGUCGGAGUUGCAAUUGAUUCUUUGGGACCUAAAGUGUUACCAGGGCUCUCUGUAAGACUGGGGGAGCAAAUGGAAGCCAGGUAAUAAAUGCAGGCUGGCCCAUUCUGCUCACAGCAUCCAUUACAAAGAGGCACUCAGCGACCAAUUAGGCGGAAUGACUUGGCCACUUGAUAUCAGCCAUCCGCUUUCAUUGGUCACGUCAGUGCUAGCCGGCAGUAAGAGGGUGUGUCUCUGUAGAGAACUGAAAGACAGUAACUAAAAGUUGGCCUGCUUUUUAUCAUCACCGCGUGCUGGCAGUUCUAAACAUGCGGUAAAAUGCUCUCCCUCCCCCCAGCAAGCUACUCCCACCACACCUCCCCCUUCAUGAGCCUCUGGUGUGUAAGGGUUCGGGAAGACUGAGUACAGCCCACUGUGUAAGCAGCCAUGGGGGUGAGAUGUGGGGAGGAUUCUGUGAAAGGAUGCUUUGAAGAGACAACUUUUCCUGCUUCACACUCUCAUUUGGACCCAGUGCUGCAGCUUCUGAAAGAUGGCAGUCUCCUUUUCAGCGUUUGAAGUCAGUUAAUUAUCCUGCUGUGAG